UUAUGAUAUUUUUAAAAAAUGAGUUUUCAUUUUCAAAAUAGAUUGAAAAUGUAUAAUGCUUUUGAGUUUUGACAUGGUACUACAUCGGCCUUAAGUACUAAGUAGCAUUAGUCAACACAAAUUACACAUUUUUGUAAUACGAGUGAAACAGUAAACUUUAAUUCUUAUUUAUUCACCCCAAAUGGUGUGUACGGUAAUACGCAGUUUCUAAUUAUUCUGGCGCGAGUGCUGCAAAAACAGUUAAAAAUAAAAAAUGGGGAUUUCAUCUUCAUCUUCAUCUUCAUCGGCCACAUGUUUCCUCGUCUUUCUGCUACUCACUAACCAAACACUAUCCUCCUCCGCGCAGCCGAAAAUGCGCGAAUUCCAAAGAAAGCUCCGCCAGAAAACCGCCGCAUUCAGCAGCUCGGCCGCCGCAAAUUCCAGCCCUCCCAAGAGUAGUGGCAGAGUAUAUUAUCCGACCGGGUACGGAGCAGAUCCGACGGGUGUGAAGGACAGCUCGUCGGCGAUAUUGGCGGCCAUAAACGAGGCGGCGGGGACAGCGGCGGAGCAUGGGCUGAUGCCUGGAAUUAGAGAUUUGGGGGGCGCCAUUAUCGAUUUGCAAGGUGGGAAUUAUUUGAUUAGCAAGCCCAUCACAUUUCCAUCAGGGAUUGGCAACAUUGUGAUGCAAGGAGGCAGCCUGAGGGCAUCCAACACAUUCCCCGGCGACAAGCACCUCAUCCAACUCAUCUCCUUCCCUCCAUCUCCCAAAACAUCAUCAUCAUCUCCGGCCAACUUUUCCGACCAAAAAGACAGCAACUCCGACAACAUCCGCUACGAAUCCAUCACCUUCCGAGACAUCUUCUUCGACUCCACCCUCCGCGGCGGCGGCAUUGCCGUGUUCGACUCCGUUCGUAUCCGCAUCCUCGACUCCUUCUUUCUCCGCUUCACCACCCAAGGAAUCCUCAUCCGCCGUGGCCACGAAACCUUCGUCUCCCGUUGCUUCCUUGGCCAACACCCCAACGACGGCAACGACCCCACCGAACCCACCUUCGCCGGCACCGGAAUCGACCUCUCCGGCAACGACAACGCCGUGACCGACGUCGUCGUCUUCUCCGCCAUCACCGGAAUCUCCGUCUCCGGCAAGGCCAAUAUCAUAACCGGAGCCCAUUGCUACAAUAAGGCCGCGGGCUUAGGCGGUGUCGGGAUUUACCUCUCUAAAGGGUCGGCACAAAAUCGGAUUGUCGACUCGUACUUGGACUACAAUAGCAUCGUGAUCGAGGAUCCCGACCAAGUCCUCGUCUCCCGCGGAUUUUUUCUCGGCGGAGGAAAUGUGAGGUUGAAGGCGGUGGGUGGCUGGAUAUCGGGCCUCGUGAUUGUCGACAACAUUUUCUCCGAUGACCGGAAAAAGAACGCUCCGUGCGUGGAGCUCGACGGGCAUUUCGGGAACAAUAUCAAUCAAGUUGUGGUGGACCAGAAUGUCGUGAAGGGGAUGAAGAUGAGAUCGACGGUGUGGAAAACGGUGGUGAGGGGAAAAGGGAAGAGUUGGAAGGCCGAUUUUUCGGAUUUACUAUUGUUUCCGGAUAAAAUAAAUCACGUCUCGUAUUCGUUUUACCUAAAAGGAGAUGGAAAGUUUCCGUCGCAUGCGGUGACGAACGUGUCGGGGAAUGUUGUGGUGAUCGAGAGCCGGCGUGAAGUGGAUGCCGCGGUGUCGGUUUCGGUUGAUCAGUAUAACACAGUUGGGGAGGAGAAAUUGUAAUUUGUUGGUUAUAUUUAUAAUUUUUGUGAAAAAAAAAAAAGGUUUUUUUUUUCUUGUUAUUUUUGAAGGUUUGUUGUUCACUUAUGGUUGCUAUACUUUCUCGACAAGGCACGGUUAGAUUUCUCAUUCUUACUUAUGUAUACAAUACAUGUAGUAAACAUGGUAGCUAGUUAACAUAUGUAAAAGUUUUUUUCAGUGUCGUAUAGUUGAAAGUCUUCGUGUAUAAAGAUUUCAUGUUUGCUGCUCAACUUGC